AUGGUAUUGAAAAUUAAAUCAACACUUAGAAGCAGAGACUGUGAGUGUGGUGUUAAAGAUAGAGUACAUAUUGUAAUGUUUGAUUUAAUAUCUCAAAAUUUGCCAAAUUUUACAUUAUCAUUAUCAAUUGUAUCGAUUUACAUUGCAAAUACAUUAUAUGAUUGGUCGUUAGAAGGCAAAAAAGAUGUAGAUUGGAUACAUCAUCACAUCGGUAUAUUCGGUGUCUAUAUAAUUACAGCCACUUUAUCUUUCACAAGUUUCUACAAUAGAAAUAUCAACAAUAAUAAUAAUAAUAAUAAUAAUAACAAUAAUAGUAAUAAUAGAUUUGGUAAAUUAUUUUCAUUUAAUAUCGAUAGGAAAAUAAUCAUUGCAUUACUAUUUAUAUGUACAUUGAUAACAUUGUUUCAAUUGCUCAGCGAUACAGGAGCGUCACUUGAACAUCAUGGUCAAUACAACCUAAUCAUUCUGGUUGGUAUAGAACUUCUUUAUAUUUCCAUUGCAUUGUUUUGGAUUAUAUCAUUAAAAUUAUUUAAAUUUAAGAAUAUUAUAAUUGGUUUGGUUAUUUGUGGUAUUUUCGUUGGAAUUGUUUUCCAGUCUUAUCGGACUGGCUUUGUAAGACAAUGGCCGAUUGGAAUUGCCGGCAAGCGAAUGUUGUUCCGUGGCGAGAACGGCGAGUGUAAGAUUCCCGAGAAUUUUACACCGUGGCCAGAUUUCAUACCGAAGGGAUUCACCAGAGCGUUGGUUGGAACUCAGGAGUGUCCUACGGAAGUACCGUUCGCCUACUUGACUGCCGACCACAUGCUGCACAUGGAGUGUGAUGCGUCCGACCCCGACAGCUCCUACACGCAGUCACCGAAUUUCUUUACAUCGAUUGAAGACGCCGGAAAUCUCGGUCGUGAAAUACGUCCGCUUUUCGAAAAGUAUUCGACGUUUGAGCGGCGUGACAAGUGGAAUGGCGAGCCCGUCAAAGUGGUCGACGAGACGGUGUUGGCGCGCUGCGGCGACAAGACAGAAGUUCUAAUGCAAAACGUUAGAAAGCAACAUAUUCACGAGAGAGCAUCGCAUUUCACUGAUAGUCAAAGAACUAAUAUUAAACAGCCGACCUCGACAACAAAGAAACCUAUCAAUAUUAUGUUUUUAAUGGUUGACGCUUUGUCGCGCGCACACUUUAAACGCGCGCUACCCAAGUCUUUCCAAGCGCUGGAGAAAGUACACACCGAUGGCGCCGCUCAUGUAUUCCAAUUCAUGAGAUAUCACUCAUUGAAACCCUAUACCGAUCCCAACACGAUUGCCAUGUACACCGGCUACAAUUCGCUGCGCUACGACCAGACGCACGACCCCGAACUCUCGAAGGUUCCACAUCCCUCGCACGAAUGGCGUCGCAAUCCAAUGUAUUUCCAAUCGUUCCGUAACGAUAGCUAUACCACGGCAUGGGUGUAUGGAUUCUGUGAAGACUGGUUCCAGGCGUAUCUCUCAAAGGGCAAACCGGUCGAUUCCAUUGACCACGAGCUGGUACUGCCGUUCUGCGCGCCAGAAGCAUACCCGCCAGCUCAGCCAUUCGGUAAUUUCGCCGGACCAUUCUCAUUCAAACGUCGAUGUCUCGGAAACAAGCAUAUUCAUCAGCGAAUCUUUGAUUAUAUCAAUCAAUACUGGGCAAACUACGAGGAGGUCGGUAAGAUUGUUCACGCGACGUUCAUGGAUGCGCACGAAGGCACGAUGGACGUGAUAAAGUACGCCGACGAGGGGUUCCUGCAGUUCAUUGGCACCGAUAUGUCGGAGCGUUGGAACGACACGAUGAUGGUGAUGGUCGGCGAUCACGGAUCACACAUGGGACCCUACUAUCUCUGGGCACAGGGCGGUCACGUCGAGGUGGCAAUGCCGACACUCUACAUCACGCUGCCACUCUGGUUCCUCGAGGCACACCCCGAAGUCAAAACCAAGUUCCUCAGCAACGAAAACAAACUGUCGACACCGUUCGAGCUGUACAACACACUGCGAGCACUCUCAAACUACCCAGAGUUUGGUGGAAUCGAUAUCAUGGAUCAAUUGAACGAACGACUAGAAAAAGGUUAUCUCAACGACAUCAAAGACGACAUUCAAUGUAAAGAUAUUGGAAUACCCUAUGAUUUCUGUCAAUGUCAUUAA